AUGCAUGGCUUCCGCUUUGAAGAAGAGGGCUUCCACUACCACUCUUUGGGUGAAGUUGUGGUCGAAUUCGUUGUAGCAACGAUCAAGUACAAAUCAACCUUUGCUGCUUGCCUCCUGUAUCUUCUAUUUUCCUUUCGUAUUUUUCUUGCCUCUGUCGGGAACAAUCGAGUUCUAGCGCUUGCUUUUGUUGAAGACAACCACCAGUUUAACAAAUUGCUCCGAUACGAUUUCACAGUUUGUGAUUAUCAUUUCAACUGGUUAGACUUCUUCCAACAACAUAUGCUGCACAAAGCAGGUCGCAACAAUGUGCUUCUUGCUGUUCCAGCAUUCCUCUAUGCUAUUAAUAACUACCUAAAGUCCACCAUGCAGGUCCACAGAAGUAAGCAGGUUGGAAUAGGUGACCCAAAUUAUGGAGGAAAAUAUUACAAAACAAUGGAGAAGCCUGAUUAUCUCAAGUUUGAAGUUGCCCAACUUGGUGAAUCCAAAACAUUUGAUGAAGGAUUCCAUGGUGCAUAUUUGCAAUUCUACUGCGCAUCCCAUAAAAUCAGGAAGAAUCAUCAACAAAUCAGGAAGGAUAUCUCCUUCAAAUUUGAAUUGGAUAGCCUAUCUAUUUCAUAUAUACUUCGAAUCAAUCCUAGGUGUUCUUCUUUCCCUGCCUUACCUUCUCCGUCUUCCCCUCUAAUCUCUUAUUUUGGUUUUCUCUCAUACAAUGAAGAGUUGAUAUUACCACCACCACCAUCGCUUUGUCUCACUACCAUAGAAUUAGUAACCGCCAAUAACCUAAACGUUUCUAGGAAUCCUGAGGCUUUUCAUUCUGCUUGGUUACCGAAUCAGGAAGUAAGUCAUGAGGCAGUUAACUCUGCCUUCAACUAGCCACAACAUAUUACGGGUCGUGGUGUUGAAAGGACG